AAGUUCGCCAUUAUCGUACACUUGAGGGCGCUCUGUUACUGUAAUUUUUUUCACUUGACGUGCGCACGUCGUUAUGGUUCUAAUUCUCGAGAUUAUUUGAGUGAACUUCCAGAGGCAACUAGGCUAGAUCUUCUGCCAUCCUGUUACCAUGAGCGGUCUCCAUGCCACUCAUACGUUUCCAUGAGAACCGUGGCAUCAACAUUGAACUCAAGCAUGACAACCAGGUGGCCCGGCGCUCGGCCAGCUUUGCCAAUGCCAUAACCUUCAGCGACCGGCCCCUACGGCCAGGGGAGCUAUUUCUAAUUGAGGUAGAGGAACAGGAGCCAGGCUGGAGCGGCCAUCUGCGUUGCGGACUCACCCAGCACCACCCUGCCUCCCUGAAGGUUAUAAGACCAGGAGACAGGGUCCCCAACCGCUCUCCCUCUGAGUUCCACCAGCGUCGGGGCCAGGCAGCGCGGGUCAUCUCCGCCCCACAGCCACUGACCAUCCCGCAGUACUCCAUGCCGGACCUGACCAACAUGGGCAAGUCCUGGGUCUAUGCCAUCACCAAAUACCACAACAAGGUCCCCGACGAGCGGCUCAGCACUGCCGAGGUAGAGGCCCUGGCAAGGAGCGAGUUUGUCAAGGAUGGCGUCAACGUUCUGAAGAUCGGCUGCGCGGAGAUCCCCCGACAUCUGUUAGUCCAGGACUUCAUCGCCCUGGACCAAGAGGCUAGCUGGAUCUCGGGACAGCAGCAGUACUUUGCCACGUCAGUCGGAAGUAGGAUUGCCGUCACCUACAACAUACUCGGGGAUAAGGUUUACAUGCAUUUCAUCAUCAAUGGAGAGGACCAAGGUGCCUCUUUAAUGGAGGAUGCACACCUGGACAGUCCGUUCUACGGCAUUGUGGAUGUCUACGGGACAACCAAGCAAGUCCGGAUUAUGCAACUGAUCUAUGUUCCAAGUCUACAGGAGUGCUGUCGUCAUUCUAUCAGGUCCAUGACGCCAGAUAAUCUCCUACAGGAGCUACCCUUGCCCAAUAAACUCAACAGAUACCUCCAGUAUAAACUCUGAAAAGUUUGGGAACCGUCAUUCCACAACAACUCAAGUUGUCUUGGACUCCGUGCGCAAAUACCUAACUUGGAAAAGGGAAGUGACAAAGUGUAUUGUCCCUAAUUAAGCUCUUGGGGUGAAUUGGCUAAAAUAUGAAUGCAGCGACCUGCAGCACUUGUUAAAACGACAAGCCUGCUCAGUGUAGCAAGAUCCAUCAUGUCAAAAAUCACAAGGCCUAAAUGCCUCAGAGUCUGUGGUCACCAAAUGCAGCAGGAUACAACUGUAGCAUUGUUCACUGGGACUAGCUCUCAUUGUUUCAGAACUGGCCAUCAACAGGAGUUGAUGGCUCAGUGCAGCAAGGUCCCACAGACUUUUACACCUGAUGCACUGAGUCUCAUCUGGAAGGGUUAUAGGGCCCUAAGGAUAGUUGAGUACUGAAGUGUGUUCAUCACAUGUGAGGCGCUGCAAGUUUGUAUUCACAUUUAGUGUUCAGAGGAAAAUGGGCUGUGCGCACUCUGUGCCAGAUGCAUGUGCAACCUAAUGCGUCUAAAGUUAUGGCCUUCGCUGGCUGUUGUGAGCAGGCGGGAGGGCACCCUCUGCCGUCCUGGUAUGGAGUCUAUUGCUCAGUUAUCAAAAUUGUCUGUUCCUUCUCGUAAUGGCAAUAUUCACUUAUUUCCAACAAUAAACAUUUCAUGUAAAAUGAUGUCCUUCACCGACUCUUGUUAGCAGGCCAGAGGGCGCCCUCUACAGUUCUGGUAUGGAGUCUAGUGCUCAAAUAUCAAAAAUCGCGUGUUUCUUUUCAUAUGGCAAUAUUCACUUGAUCACAACUUUAGUGAUUAACCAUGCAAGUACUGGGCCCAAAAAUACGCAAGAAAAACAUUUUUCCAGAGUGUUGUCUGGAUGUUUCUCAUAUUUUCUGACUUGCUUUGACAUGCGUAGGCAGAUCUUAUUUCCAAAAUGCAAUACAUGUGAAUCCAUUUGAAAAAAGUGAAAAAGUUGCACAGUUAUAAAACUUUUUAUAAAAAACAAACACGGUUUAAAGAGCUGUUUUUAGACGUCAUUUUUCACUCUAUCGUAUUCUUAAAUUGUGUUUAACUAUAAUAACAGCCAUCGAAACUGACUUUAGUCGGCCAGGAGAGGGCAGGAUUCCAGAAAGUAACAAAAAGCCGUUCAUCACGUUUUGGAAACAAAACUCUUCGUAUUUAUCGUGAAAAGUUUGUUUCUUCAAAAAAGUACCAUUGGCUGAAAAAAAAAGACAAAAAAAAGUUAAUGAAAUCCCUAUUGCAUUGCUUCAGAAAUGUGCAAAAUUCCAACAUCUCACUUCAUAACAAUUGAUAAAAAGACGUAAUUUUAGUGUUUCAUUUGAAGUAAACGUGAGUGGCUCUAGCGCAAACUUCUUGCCAUGAUAAAAAGUUUAAACGGAGUAGUUAUAUCACUUAACAGCAAUGGAGUAUACUUUUAAGCUUUAAUUAGCGCAUUGUCUUUCUUAACUGAUUCAAUCUGUUCGACACAUGGAAUGUUUGAAUUCAGCUUUUACAGCAAUUUUGUGUUAUUGCUGCACGUAUGUAUUUAUU